GAGACUUGUGCGCGCGCGCCGUGAAACUCCCUUCUCCGGGACAAGGCGAAGAACAGUAGCCGACACUCGGAAUACUAAAAAUAUUAAGGUCGGUAAAACUUCUCUCCAAAAACAGAAAGAAAAACAAACGGAAAUAACCGCUGAGGUUAAAUCAUGAAAAUGUCAGCCACCGAACUUUCCAAGGUUCUGAAAGAAGGAGAAAUGGAAAAGAGAAGUGACAGCCUUCUUCAAUUUUGGAAGAGGAAGACGUGCGUCCUCACCCCGGACAGCCUGAACAUCUACGCCGACACCCAGAAGAAGUCCAGGAGCAAGGAGCUCAAACUGCAGUCCAUUAAGAAAGUGGACUGCGUGGAGCGGACCGGCAAGUUCGUCUACUUCACAAUUGUCACUGCGGACAAUAAAGAGAUUGACUUCCGAUGCUCCAGCGAAGACGGCUGUUGGAAUGCGGUCAUCACAAUGGCUCUGAUUGACUUUCAGAACAGAAAAGCCAUUCAGGAUUUUAAGACGCGACAGGAGACCGAGAGCACGUCACCUGGUCCUCAGGAGAGGCGGUUAGCCAGAGCUCCGUGACCGGAAUUUAACAAAAUCCACCGAAUGUAAUUGUUGCGUAUGGACCUUGCUGUAAAGUUGGACCAAACAAAGGCGUCAAUAGGUCUCAAGAUGAAGGAUUGCCCAGGACACGCGCGUCCUCCAACAAUUUCCGGUUGCCUAUCUCGGAAAGCUUCGAAUGAAAGAGACCGUUUCAUAAGGAAAAGGCCGAAGAAUAAGGACUGAAUUCUACGCCUCUCGUGCUCACAUUCAAGUACACGUGUGAGAAAAUGCUUCACGGCCGGCAGUAGAAAUGUGUUAAUUUAUUCUUGGCAGGCGUUUUCUUUUUUGCUUAAAGUAUUAAGUUAUUUUUAUUUCAAUGCGUAUUUAUUAAAUAAAUGUUAUUUUAUAAAUCC